AUGUCGGCCCAAGUUGCUCCUACCAUUCCGCCGCGGCCGACCAGAGCCCAGCAGGCCGCUGGUGCUCGAGGCGCCAACAAGCUCCCGGACAUUCCUCCCCGGCCGGUCAACAAACGCCUCGAUCGAUCGGUCUCACCCGCGAACUUCCCUCGCUCUCCGCUCAACGAACCAUGGACCGGUAGUUUGAGCCGGCAGAAGACCAACGAGUCUGUCGAAGCCCUCCCCCGUCGUCCCAGCAUCCAAAACCUGCCAUCGAUUGGCCAAGAAGGGAUGGAGUAUGCUGAGGUCAUGAACAUGCAGACGAAUCUGCAGCCGCCGUCAUCGUCAAUGGCCGCCGACGCCGCGGCCCAAACCAGAAAUAUUGCUCAAGACCUCAAGCUGCAUGCUCCAAAGCCGUCUCUGCCCAAAUCAAGCGCAGCUGCGCAAGUGCAGGCUGUCACGCGGACCGAUUCUUCUCAAGCCGCCCAACAUGGCUUCGGCAAGCCACCGACCCCUGCUCAAGACGACGGCGAGAGUCUUUCUCGCAUCGGCACGAGGACAAGCUUUUCGCGUCCAGGAUCGACCGUGGGCGGUGAGCGGCGCCCGUCGUUCCAGGAAGAGACCGGUCCCGCCGAACUCGGUCUCCGAGUGCCCAUCAAUCCAUUGCUGGGUGAUGUACAGGCCCCUUCUCCCGCCCCCGGAAUGAGCCCAUCCCAUACGGGAUCGAAUGGUGAUAGGAGGCGUUCGGUCCACGGAAGGACCAGAAGUGCCUUGGAUCUACUCCCACCCGGAAGCUAUGGUCUGCAUGGACACGGUUUGCCUCCGCAGGACAAAUUUGAAAAGGACUGGUAUGCCAAACAUCCCGAGGCAGCUCAACAUGAGGAGACUUCGGGCCACGGCGUAUAUGAGAGCAUUGGAAGUGGCCGGGGCGCCUUUGCCUUGAGCAGAGAUGACUUGAACAAGAUCGUUCGCGAAACUGCUAGCCGUGGAGCUGGAUUUGGCACCUCCGGUGAAACUUAUGGAGUUCCAGAUGAACAGAUUGGCUACGCCGCGUCGGAAGUGUACAUCUCACGUUCCCAAGCCAACACCCCAAACAGUCUUGCAAAGACCGUGACCAAUUCCUCACAACCCGUUGCCGAAUCUCCUCUGAGAAAGGCCAGUUUCCCGGCCGACGAAUCCAUCCCCGCUGAAGUUCGACGUGGACGGCUCUCAGUGUCCCGUGGCUCCGACAGCCAUGAAGCAGUAGACAGCGAAGCUGAGCAAGAGGUACAUAUCCAACCUAGCCGAAGAUACAACAAGAUCACCGGCGGUGAGGAAACAUUGAACGAGACUGUUGCGAGCAAACCUUAUGUUUCUACCGAUGAUGAGGGAGACUACGCCAUUGAGCACGGAUAUACAGUUCCCAUCCUAGCAGCAGACGAGGUUGCAAAGGAAGUUGGUGUUGAACAUCUCCAACCAGCUAUUUCUCCUCGAGCGGAGCGCCGCGAGAGUCUCUACGAGGAGGCUUAUCGAAGUGGUGACGCUACUCCGUCUUCUCGUCCUUCUAGCAGACCGACCAGUGUGCAUGGAGCGUUUGGUACCGCCCAUACGCUUUCCAGAUUUGUUUCACAUCACGACGAACGAGACCAUAUGCACACACCUCUCGAAGACGUUGAGGAGUACGAGCCACUCUUCCCCGACGAGGAUGACAAAAAGCCCCUGAGUCACGCAGAACGUUUCAAGCAGAGACCAAACACCCUCAAACAGCGCUUUCCCAGCCAAGACAUUUGGGAGGACACCCCGAGCAGCUUAUAUUAUUCUGCCGAGGUGUCUACUCCCGACCUUCCGGCCCAGGUCGAGAAUCCAGUGUCAGACGAGUUUGAAAGCCCGGAGCAAGAAGCUGCCCGGAAAGAAGAGCCGUCAGAGGAGGAGCGGCAAAAGCUGCUUCCAAAGGAGGAGCGUCUUGCCAAAUCUCGUUUUGCUCCCCAUCUGCGGGACGACAUGCCUACCAGACCCGGGCUGACUCCAAGAUUUCCAAGUUCAGACAUCUGGGAGGAUACCCCUGAGAGUCAUCAGCUCGUCACGACUGUCGGAUCUCCUCAAGUUGACAAUGAGGCCGAAAGCCCGACCGAAGCUCCUGCCAAGCCAUUCGUGCCUCCACGCCCAGUAGGCAAGAGCCGACUAGGCGAAGGCGCAUCAGAGGCACAAGUCGGACCGAGUGUUCCUCCUCGUCCCCAGAAACAGUCGACUACAUCGCCAACAGAACUGAAGAAGGUGCCGAGUAUACCCGACCGACCUAAGCCGCAAAUACCAGCUCGUCCAGCCAAGAAACCAGACGCAGCUGUUCCGUCUGACCAAGAGAAGGCUUCUCCUCCUGUGGUCAAAGCGAAGCCUCAGGUGCCGGCAAGGCCUGGCGGGGUCGGCAGUAAAAUUGCCGGCCUUCGAGGAAACUUCAUGAACGAUCUAAAUCAGAAGUUGGGCCUUGGGCCACCUAAAGAGAAGGAGAAGGUACCGCAACCAGAAGAAGACGCCAAGCCUUUGGAAGAUGCACGAAAAGGAAGGGCUCGUGGUCCCCAGAGAAGAGCACCUGCCAAGUCUGCAGCCGCUCCUACUUCCAAAACGUUUUCAUUCGCUUUGUCAACGCCUCGCUCGUUAUGGUCCAUUGAUGAGGGUGAUGAUUUGACAGUUUCGUCGUAUGACUCGUCAGCACAGGAAGCAACCAGUGUCGCCGGUCUGUCAGACGAAAAGGCUGAACAGGUCGAUCACUCAACCCCGGCAGAUGCGCCUCUACCGUCCACGAUCGAGACCACUGACCAACAAGAAGCAGCCUCAAAGGAAGCGCCAGCCCCGCAGGCUACUGCACUGGCUGUGAACACCGCAGGAGAGCUUGCAGAUCCUGCCCUUAAGUCAGGUGGAGACGAAAAGUCAACACCGUCGAGUAUUCAAGUGUCGGGCGAGGGCGAGGGCGAGAACGGUGACCUGUCCAAGGAGAUUACUGCGAGCAGUGGUCAGGAUUCUGGUCCUGAAUUGGAGAAGGAACAAGCAGAGCCAAACACGGAUGACGUUUCGGUUAGUAGACAAACCACUGUGAGUGCAAAGGAUGUGGGUUUACCACUCGAAAAGGUUCCAUCACAUGAAGGGGAGGAUCCUCGUGCCACCAAGCUACCCGAGGGUGAGCCAGGCCAGGCAAGCGCAGAGGAAGUAUAG